GCGAAUCUGCGCACAUCCUUGCUCAAAUGUAUACCCUCGAACAGGCUAUCCACCAUUGUUGCCAUCAGCGAUGAGACACGUCUAUGGAAACAAUUGACUGUAAAGAGAGCGGACAGCAAACUAGUGAAACGGUAGAAACACUUGAAUGUUGCAUGGCCCACACGCCUAGUGAAACGUUGUAUACAGAAUAAUCUGGAACAGUUGUUGGUGCUUGUAGAAUAGGGGUUUCAGAUGGGGGAAGUGAGAAAACUCCAGAAGAAACUGAGACAGAUUGAGAAUCUGGAGAUCAAAAUUUCUCAAUCUCUCACUCCAGAAGAAAGAGUAAAGGUACAGAACGCGACUUCACUUCUAAUCUUAAUCUAUAGUUUUAACAUCAGUCGUGUCAUGAGCGCACCGGCGCAUAUUCCACAAUCCUGAAUAGAUUUCCCUUGGUACUAAUACUCCCGGAUAUGACUGUACUCACUCCCAAGAGAGAUCUUGAUGUAGCACCUUAAUCCUCCAAUACAAUCUUGCAGGUUACAUUUUACAUUAUUACACUCUCGAUGGUGAGUGAGUUCAAUUGAGGCCACUCUCAAACACUGUAACCUAGCUGGACCAUAGAACAGCUGAUCAUUAAAUAAUUUCACCCAUGUGAGAUAGAGAAUUGGCUCGCUAGAUCAUAAUCUUUAGAAAUAUAGUGGUAAACAACUUGCAUUCUCAUUGGGUUUUGACAUCUACACUAAUUGAAUAUAUCAAAUGUAAGCAUAACAUGAUACCCUUCUCUUGUGUCUAAAUAUAUCACGCCUUUAUCAUCUUGAUUUGCGUUUAUGAACCCUGGAUUGCUGAUGCUAUGAGAGGCUUUGAAGCCACCGGUCGGCCAUAUUGGCACUACCUAGCAGGAGACCUCCAUUAAAAGGAAUGGAAUUCUACAGUAUUUUAAUUAAGGACAAAAUUACAUGUAUUUAAGUAUUUUUGUUGUUGUAGUGGGGACAAUAACAUUAGUACUUGCAAAAAAAAAUACUUUGUAGAUCUUUUAAAUUUGUAUGUUUAGCUCACAUAAUAUAAUUUGAAAGUAUACAUUAAGGUGCCUGUAAUAGAAUAAACGUGUCAAAAACGAAUGUAGACAUUAAUAAAUGCAUUUCUGUGGCUUCCAAAAUAUUCUUUACAAUCGAGGAGGAGUACCAAGAUGGCUGUACGGGGGCUUCAAUACAGUGCCCCUGUUAGCCAUUCAGGGUUUAUACACAUCGUUGGGGGGCACAUAUCGAUAGUCUACAGUGGUCAUUUUGUCUCCUUUCCUUCAUCUGCUCUGAUCUGGAAACAUAGGGAAAGUGACAGUACUAUAAUGGAUGGAUGUCUACUCACUGUCUUUUAUCAGUCCAUCUCUUCUCAGAUCAGUGCAGAUGAAGGAGGAGCGACGUUAGACUAUUGAGACGUACCCAGGGAGAUGUCUACGGUCAUGCAUGUUUUAUUAACCCCCUCCCCAUCUUCAGAUCUUCAGGAAGGCGGAGCUCCGCACCAGAUUGGCUGAACUUCUGCUGCAGCUUUCUGGUCCCCAGCAAACUCCGGGGAUUGUGGGAGAAGGAAAACAGGAGAAGAUGAAAAGACAAGUGUAAGGAGAGAUAGAGAGAGAGAGAGAGAGAGGGGGGGGGGGGGGGAGGGAGGGAGGGAGGGAGGAAGAAAGGGGAGAUAAACAUCCCUGUUCACAAGCUGUAACAUUCACUUUGAUGCUUUUGAUCUGGCUUGAGUCUAGCCGACAUAGGUCAAAGUCCGUCAGUCAGUCAUUCUUUCAAGGCAUCCUAAUGUAUUGGAGUCAGUAGAGGGGAUAGUACGUCAUGUAGCCAUCACUUAGGGAUCCCUUCCACAGAGUCACGACUGGGCACACUCUCCCAGGGCUGUGAAAUAUCAAGGGAACACCAGGGGAAAUGUAUUUAUCACAAAGUAGUAUAAAGACAUGAUGAGAUUAUACUUGAAUUUUAUAAAUUAUUAUCAUUAUUUGUAAGCUUGCUUGUGUGUCUAUGGCUUAGCCUAUGUACUGUACUGUAUGUCUGUGCACAUUAUGUUUUCCUGUAUGUGACUGCACUGUCAAUUCACUCUCUUGGUAUUUGGUGUGUUUUUUUUUGCUUGGGUACAGUGAAGCCACCUCUGAGGCGCUUCCAUCACACAGCCCCUCUGCUACCAAGAUCCCCAAAAUCCCCAAGGGAGAAGCAGAGCCAACAGGCCGACAGAAGAAGACAGACAGUCAGAAGGAGACGGUAACGAGGGGAGAGACAGGAAGACAGGAGGAGACGGGAGGACAGAGAGAGACAGGAGCAGGUGGAGAGCAGUCAGAGACCUGUCUAGCUGUGACCGACACAAGCCCCAAGGACAACCAGGAAGGUGGGGUUAUCUGUGAACUAGGGUUUUGUAGUUUGAUAGAUUAUGUAGACACAUUCUCAUACUCAUUGGUAUCUCACAAAUGUACUGUGAUUGAAGGAAAGAGAAUGUAUGCACACUGCUUGGUAGGCUCCCAGAAAUUAUAUCUUAAAUAGUCAACGUUUUGAUUUGUCCUUCCCACCUGGGUUGUGUUCAUUAGGGUCCACUGUGGGCACACUGUAGCAAACCGCUUCACAACGACAAACCAAAACAACCAUUUCAUAAAUUCAGAUCGUACCUACCUGAACACGAGCUGAUCUGUCUGUACUGUUUGUUUCCUAGAAACAGAAUUAGUUGCAUGCUCUAGAGCUGACAAAUACGUGCAUAGUAAUUAUUGAUCAAUUAAGGUUAGAGAAGUGAUGAGUCAACCAUGGCUAUUAUAGUCUCUCCCAACAUCCAUUAUCAGGCCGGAGGCCUGUCUCCGAAUAGGAGUGCUGAUCUAGGAUUAGUUUAACCUUUUAGGUCAUACUGAAUAAGAUUGUAUGGACAGAUCCUAGAUCAGCACCUACUCUGAGACGCUUUGUGGAUACUUGCCCAGGUCCCUCCCUGUCUUAUACAUUAUGAUCUAAAUGGCAAAACUGAUCCUAGAUCAGCAGUCCUACUCUGAGACUCUUUGGGGGGAAUUCCGACCUAAGAAAAAGUGUGCGUAAAUGGAACGUAAAUCCCUUUUUAUGCACUUUUCUCUACAUGUAUUCUGACCUUAAACUUAAGCAUGAGAAUACCAUGCUAUUCACUCGCUAUUCGUUUGGGGUGGAGAUUAAAGAAAUUAGGUGUGGUGGAGGUGUGUCUACCUUGACUUAAUUCCCUUAUAAUGCCACCACCUUCACGCGCGAUGAAACGAUGAAUAAGGUCGAGCAACCUGUCGGUUCCAAGUGGAACAGCAUGUUCUUUCUUUUUUCCUAUAGAAAUAACACCAUUCUCCGUGCACUGUAAUUUACAAAUUGAUAAGAGCUAUUGAUAAGCUCUAGGUAAAGUAAGCCAUUUGGAUAAGGGGAUUGUAAAUAUUAAUGAGAAUGGCAUAUUAUAAUUAUUAAUGACAAUUGUUUUAGAUAUAUUUUAACUUAUGAUCGCUGGAGACAAAUGUGAAACCAGUCAUAUGGCAGCAAACUAAAGCAAAUCAACAUAUCAACUUUCCCACAGUGACGUUUAUAAUAUGCAGGCCUUAUAACUUGCAAGGAUGACAUUUGGAGCCCCAAACUUCUGUAGCCAUGCGCAAAGUAGAGUAUAGCGCCAAACCUAGUGAGUUGAUUUAUGGUUUCUAGAAUGUUUUAAUUAUAUGCACAGACUUUUCACUGUAUUUUGUACAAUUUGUAUCGUGUUAAAUAUUAGCCACUAUUGGUAGCCACUGUCAGUUAUACCUACAUACAUUUAUAACGGUCACUUUAGUGUUAGUUUCCUUACAUUUUGCAUCAUUCCAUUCCAUAGUUAGUUUACUUUUCUUUUCUCUGUCACGUUCGUGUGGUUGUUCCUGAGGAUCGCUAGCAAUAGUGGAUCAUAUUAGGCUAACUUAUUACAAGUUGUGCAAUAAUUUGCGACAUGUAGCCUAUUUGAAUCAUUAUGGACUGCAGACCAUACAUACAGUACAUGUACAGUGCCUUGCAAAAGUAUUCAUCCCCCUUGGUGUUUUUCCUAUUUUGUUGCAUUACAACCUGUAAUUUAAGUAGAUUUUUAUUUGGAUUUCAUGUAAUGGCCAUACACAAAAUAGUCCAAAUUGGUGAAGUGAAAUGAAAAAAAUUACUUGUUUCAAAAAAUUCUAAAAAAUAAAUAACGGAAAAGUGGUGCGUGCAUAUGUAUUCGCCACCUUUGCUAUGAAGUCCCUAAAUAAGAUAUGGUGCAACCAAUUACCUUCAGAAGUCACCUAAUUAGUUACAGUGGGGGGAAAAAAGUAUUUAGUCAGCCACCAAUUGUGCAAGUUCUCCCACUUAAAAAGAUGAGAGAGGCCUGUAAUUUUCAUCAUAGGUACACGUCAACUAUGACAGACAAAAUGAGAUUUUUUUUCUCCAGAAAAUCACAUUGUAGGAUUUUUAAUUAAUUUAUUUGCAAAUGAUGGUGGAAAAUAAGUAUUUGGUCACCUACAAACAAGCAAGAUUUCUGGCUCUCACAGACCUGUAACUUCUUCUUUAAGAGGCUCCUCUGUCCUCCACUCGUUACCUGUAUUAAUGGUACCUGUUUGAACUUGUUAUCAGUAUAAAAGACACCUGUCCACAACCUCAAACAGUCACACUCCAAACUCCACUAUGGCCAAGACCAAAGAGCUGUCAAAGGACACCAGAAACAAAAUUGUAGACCUGCACCAGGCUGGGAAGACUGAAUCUGCAAUAGGUAAGCAGCUUGGUUUGAAGAAAUCAACUGUGGGAGCAAUUAUUAGGAAAUGGAAGACAUACAAGACCACUGAUAAUCUCCCUCGAUCUGGGGCUCCACGCAAGAUCUCACCUCGUGGAGUUGCAAUGAUCAUGAGAACGGUGAGGAAUCAGCCCAGGACUACACGGGAGGAUCUUGUCAAUGGUCUCAAGGCAGCUGGGACCAUAGUCACCAAGAAAACAAUUGGUAACACACUACGCCGUGAAGGACUGAAAUCCUGCAGCGCCCGCAAGGUCCCCCUGCUCAAGAAAGCACAUAUACAUGCCCGUCUGAAGUUUGCCAAUGAACAUCUGAAUGAUUCAGAGGAGAACUGGGUGAAAGUGUUGUGGUCAGAUGAGACCAAAAUCGAGCUCUUUGGCAUCAACUCAACUCGCCGUGUUUGGAGGAGGAGGAAUGCUGCCUAUGACCCCAAGAACCCCAUACCCACCGUCAAACAUGGAGGUGGAAACAUUAUGCUUUGGGGUUGUUUUUCUGCUAAGGGGACAGGACAACUUCACCGCAUCAAAGGGACGAUGGACGGGGCCAUGUACUGUCAAAUCUUGGGUGAGAACCUCCUUCCCUCAGCCAGGGCAUUUAAAAUGGGUCGUGGAUGGGUAUUCCAGCAUGACAAUGACCCAAAACACACGGCCAAGGCAACAAAGGAAUGGCUCAAGAAGAUGCACAUUAAGGUCCUGGAGUGGCCUAGCCAAUCUGUGGAGGGAGCUGAAGGUUUGAGUUGCCGAACAUCAGCCUCGAAACCUUAAUGACUUGGAGAAGAUCUGCAAAGAGGAGUGGGACAAAUCCCUCCUGAGAUGUGUGCAAACCUGGUGGCCAACUACAAGAAAUGUCUGACCUCUGUGAUUGCCAACAAGGGUUUUGCCACCAAGUACUAAGUUAUGUUUUGCAGAGGGGUCAAAUACUUAUUUCCCUCGUUAAAAUGCAAAUCAAUUUAUAACAUUUUUGACAUGCGUUUUAUCUGGAUUUUUUUGUUGUUAUUCUGUCUCUCACUGUUCAAAUAAAAGUACCAUUAAAAUUAUAGACUGAUCAUUUCUUUGUCAGCGGGCAAAUGUACAUAAUCAGCAGGGGAUCAAAUACUUUUUUCCCUCACUGUAGACUCCACAGAGCUGGGCUUUACGGAAGAGUGGCCAGAAAAAAAGCCAUUGCUUAAAGAAAAAAAUAAGCAAACACAUUUGGUGUUCGCCAAAAGGCAUGUGGGAGACUCCCCAAACAUAUGGAAGAAGGUACUCUGGUCAGAUGAGACCUAAAAUUUAGCUUUUUGGCCAUCAAGGAAAACGCUAUGUCUGGUGCAAACCCAACACCUCUCAUCACCCCGAGAACACCAUCCCCACAGUGAAGCAUGGUGGUGGCAGCAUCAUGCUGUGGGGAUAUUCUUCAUCGGCAGGGACUGUGAAACUGGUCAGAAUUGAAGGAAUGAUGGAUGGCGCUAAAUACAGGGAAAUUCUUGAGGGAAACCUGUUUCAGUCUUCCAGAGAUUUGAGACUGGGACGGAGGUAUGGCCUAGUCAAAGCCCAGACCUCAAUCCAAUUGAGAAUCUGUGGAAUGACUUAAAGAUUGCUGUACACCAGCGGAACCCAUCCAACUUGAAGGAGCUGGAGCAGUUUUGCCUUGAAGAAUGGGAAAAAAAUGUUGCAUCUUCAAAGUGUUGUGUAAAUCAAAUGAUACAAACCCCCCAAACAUUUUUAAUUCCAGGUUGUAAGGCAACAAAAUAGGAAAAAUGCCAAGGGGGGUGAAUACUUUCGCAAGCCACUGUAGUAGUUUAAACCUGGAGCCUGGCACACGGUUCACGACGACUGUACCGUUGUCAUCACAAUUCCAUGAUUAGUGAGGAUUAUUAGGGUAGCUUUAUAGGACAACUUUUCAACCCCUAUUGUACACUUUUCUCACCUUUCAAUAUUUCAUGGAUUUAUUAAUUGAAUAUGGAAACGUUCAGGAUGAAUCAAGCAACUAUAUUUUUGAUUUACCAAUAUAUUUUUUGCGUAAAUGCUCUCCAAACCUGUUUUUUAAUUAUUCAUAAAUGCUUUCCUAACCCUAAAAAGAUCUGAGUAUUUUUAAAUCGACCAAUAGGUGCUGAAAAGGAGACGAAUAUGCGUGUAUUUACAUGGCUUUCUUUCAUUGAUCCCUAAUAUUCUGAACCGCUCUCUCCAUAUAUUCUAAUUAAAGGAACACCAAAUUUAAAGGGAUGGCUUUAGAUAAAUGUACUGAAAACCCUAUUGAAUGAAAACUCAGGGGAAAUAUUUUGGCCAUCAAGUGGAAGGGUUUUCAGCGGUUUAAUUACAUUUAUUCAGCACACGCAAGGGAACCACGCCUGCAAAGCCUGUUACGCACCUGCACAAAGCCUGAAUACCAACUACUGAGAUGUGCAUAGGAAAGGCGUACAAGUCUGAAUCGGGCCCUUUGUAAAGAAGUUCACGCAAGACUUGGGUUCUGGGUUCAUGGUGAUUAUGAUGGGUCCCUUUUUUAUCAGAUGCCGAGUUUACAGCUCUCAAAGCAUCAUGGGAGAAAGCAAAGUUUCGCUUGAGGUCGCUGGAGGGUCACAGUGACAUCAUCACCUGUGUGGUUGCCGUUGACAACCUGGUGAUCUCCGGCAGGUAAGUGAGUCAUUCUCCGAUUUAAUAAUAGAUCUCAUAACUGUGAAUAAUUCAAUUAAUUUCUUUCAUUAAUUUUCUUUCUUUCUCUCUUUUUCUUUAUUUUUUCUCUUUCAUUCUUUCUUUCUCCCUCCUCCUCUCUCUGUAACUCUGACAUGCUAACUUUCUCCUCCUACACUAAGAGAGCCAUUCUCGACUGAGCAGUGUUAGCAGUGUUAUUGAACUACUUGAACCGUGUCUGCUCUCACUCUCUGUCUCACACUGACUUAAUAUCUCUGUUGUUCUCUCCAUCUCUCUCUCUCUAUAUUUCUCUCUCUCAGUCGAGACACAACAGUAAAGGUGUGGCAUGUUCCUACGGCAACAGAGCAGCGGAAUCUGGGAGGUCACACUGGUGGGGUCACCUGUCUGUCUGCCCCGCCGCCUGAAUACUGUAGGAGACUAGGUAGGGAAUGGACACACACACACACGCACACACACCCACACAGCUAUGUCUUACUAUACUAACCCUAACCCUAACUCCUAACCCUACCUAACCCCUAAUUCUAACCCUAACUCCUAACCCUCAACCUUACCCCUAAUUCUAACCCUAAACCUAACCACUAAUUCUAACCCUAACCCUAAACCUAACCCCUAAGCCUAAAAUAGCCUUUAUACAAGUGAGGACCGGUUUACUAUUUGUGUGAAGACUUCUGGUACCUACAAGUAUAGUAAAACGUGUACACGCACGCAUACACACACACACACACACACACACACCCCUACACCCUUAUUCUCAGUCAGGCAUCCUGAUUUCAGGCAGUAUAAUUAUAGUUUUAGUUCAUCAUGUGAAAUCCAUGGAGAGAACUAGCAGCAGCAGUCACUCUGGGUUACCUCAUUCUGACUGAAGGAGGGAUCGUUGCACUACUUGAACUUCUCUGCCCUUUCUGUCUCUCCUCCCACGCUCCCCCUCUACGUAUCUCUAUCUCUCUCUCCAGGUUUUUUCUCUGAUUCCAUGAGCUUCUUUGGCAUAAGUCAGGCUUACAUUGCCAAGACGAGAACUCGGGAAUAUACACUGCUCAAAAAAAUAAAGGGAACACUUAAACAACACAAUGUAACUCCAAGUCAAUCACACUUCUGUGAAAUCAAACUGUCCACUUAGGAAGCAACACUGAUUGACAAUAAAUUUCACAUGCUGUUGUGCAAAUGGAAUAGACAACAGGUGGAAAUUAUAGGCAAUUAGCAAGACACCCCCAAUAAAGAAGUGGUUCUGCAGGUGGUGACCACAGACCACUUCUCAGUUCCUAUGCUUCCUGGCUGAUGUUUUGGUCACUUUUGAAUGCUGGUCGGUGCUUUCACUCUAGUGGUAGCAUGAGACGGAGUCUACAACCCACACAAGUGGCUCAGGUAGUGCAGCUCAUCCAGGAUGGCACAUCAAUGCGAGCUGUGGCAAGAAGGUUUGCUGUGUCUGUCAGCGUAGUGUCCAGAGCAUGGAGGCGCUACCAGGAGACAGGCCAGUACAUCAGGAGACGUGGAGGAGGCCGUAGGAGGGCAACAACCCAGCAGCAGGACCGCUACCUCCGCCUUUGUGCAAGGAGGAGCAGGAGGAGCACUGCCAGAGCCCUGCAAAAUGACCUCCAGCAGGCCACAAAUGUGCAUGUGUCUGCUCAAACGGUCAGAAACAGACUCCAUGAGGGUGGUAUGAGGGCCCGACGUCCACAGGUGGGGGUUGUGCUUACAGCCCAACACCGUGCAGGACGUUUGGCAUUUGCCAGAGAACACCAAGAUUGGCAAAUUCGGCCACUGGCGCCCUGUGCUCUUCACAGAUGAAAGCAGGUUCACACUGAGCACAUGUGACAGAAGUGACAGAGUCUGGAGACGCCAUGGAGAACGUUCUGCUGCCUGCAACAUCCUCCAGCAUGACCGGUUUGGUGGUGGGUCAGUCAUGGUGUGGGGUGGCAUUUCUUUGGGGGGCCACACUGCCCUCCAUGUCCUCGCCAGAGGUAGCCUGACUGCCAUUAGGUACCGAGAUGAGAUCCUCAGACCCCUUGUGAGACCAUAUGCUGGUGCGGUUGGCCCUGGGUUCCUCCUAAUGCAAGACAAUGCUAGACCUCAUGUGGCUGGAGUGUGUCAGCAGUUCCUGCAAGAGGAAGGCAUUGAUGCUAUGGACUGGCCCGCCCGUUCCCCAGACCUGAAUCCAAUUGAGCACAUCUGGGACAUCAUGUCUCGCUCCAUCCACCAACGCCACGUUGCACCACAGACUGUCCAGGAGUUGGCGGAUGCUUUAGUCCAGGUCUGGGAGGAGAUCCCUCAGGAGACCAUCCGCCACCUCAUCAGGAGCAUGCCCAGGCGUUGUAGGGAGGUCAUACAGGCACGUGGAGGCCACACACACUACUGAGCCUCAUUUUGACUUGUUUUAAGGACAUUACAUCAAAGUUGGAUCAGCCUGUAGUGUGGUUUUCCACUUUAAUUUUGAGGGUGACUCCAAAUCCAGACCACCAUGGGUUGAUACAUUUGAUUUCCAUUGAUUAUUUUUGUGUGAUUUUGUUGUCAGCACAUUCAACUAUGUAAAGAAAAAAGUAUUUAAUAAGAUUAUUUCAUUCAUUCAGAUCUAGGAUGUGUUGUUUAAGUGUUCCCUUUUUUUUUGGAGCAGUGUAUCAUAUUAAAUCAAUAACAACAUGGAUGAUAAUUAUAUGCAUACUGACCAUGAACUGUACAAUGAUAACAAAUCAUUAUAAUUUUCUCCCUCACAUUUCUGUCCAUCUCUUUCUUCUGUUCAACCCCCCCUUGUCUCUUCCCCUCCGUUCCCCCCUCUUCCUCCCUACUGUAAAUCUUUCUCUCUCUUUCUCUAGCCUGGGAUCGAUCUCUGGGAGACAAGGAGAGGUUCAUCCUGAGUGGCUCAGCAGACUGCUGUGUGAGGAUCUGGGCCUUAAGCACUGGUGAGUUCACCGCACGCACGCGUGCACACACACACACACACACACACACACACACACACACAGUGUCUUGCAAAAGUAUUCAUCCCCCUUGGCGUUUUUCCUAUUUUGUUGCAUUACAACCUGUUAUUUAAAUUGAUUUUUAUUUGGAUUUCAUGUGAUGGACAUACACAAAAUAGUCCAAAUUGGUGAAGUGGAAUGAAAAAAAUAACUUAUUUCAAAAAAGUAAAAACAAUAAAUAACGGAAAAGUGGUGCGUGCAUAUGUAUUCACCCCCUUUGCUAUGAAGCCCCUAAAUAAGAUAUGGUGCAACCAAUUACCUUCAGAAGUCACAUAAUUAGUUAAAUAAAGUUCACCUUUGUGCAAUCUAAGUUUUGCAUGAUCUCAGUAUAUAUACACAUGUUCUGAAAGGCCCCAGAGUCUGCAACAUCACUAAGCAAGGGGCACAACCAAGCAAGUGGCACCAUGAAAACCAAGAAGCUCUCCAAACAGGUCAGGGACAAAGUUGUGGAGAAGUACAGAUCAGGGUUCGGUUAUAAAAAAAUAUCAGAAACUUUGAACAUCCCACAGAGCACCAUUAAAUCCAUUAUUAAAAAAUGGAAAGAAUAUGGCAUCACAACAAACCUGAAAAGAGAGGGCCGCCCACCAAAACCCACGGACCAGGCAAGGAGGGCAUUAAUCAGAGAGGCAACAAAGAGACCAAAGAUAACCCUGAAGGAACUGCAAAGCUCCACAGCGGUCCAUAGGACCACUUUAAGCCGUACACUCCACAGAGCUGGACUUUACGGAAGAGUGGCCAGAAAAAGCCAUUGCUUAAAGAAAAAAAUAAGCAAACACGUUUGGUGUUCGCCAAAAGGCAUGUGGGAGACUCCCCAAACAUAUGGAUGAAGGUACUCUGGUCAGAUUAGACUAAAAUUGAGCUUUUUGGCCAUCAAGGAAAACGCUAUGUCUGGCGCAAACCAAACACCUCUCAUCACCCCGAGAACACCAUCCCCACAGUGAAGCAUGGUGGUGGCAGCAUCAUGCUGUGGGGAUGUUUUUAAUCGCAGGGCUGGGAAACUGGUCAGAAUUGAAGGAAUGAUGGAUGGCGCUAAAUACAGGGAAAUUCUUGAGGGAAAACUGUUUCAGUCUUCCAGAGAUUUGAGACUGGGACGGAGGUUCACCUUCCAGCAGGACAAUGACCCUAAGCAUACUGCUAAAGCAACACUUGAGUGGUUUAAGGGGAAACAUUUAAAUGUCUUGGAAUGGCCUAGUCAAAGCCCAGACCUCAAUCCAAUUGAGAAUCUGUGGUAUGACUUAAAGAUUGCUGUACACCAGCGGAACCCAUCCAACUUGAAGGAGCUGGAGCAGUUUUGCCUUGAAGAAUGGGAAAAAAUCCCAGUGGCUAGAUGUGCCAAGCUGAUAGAGACAUACCCCAAGAGACUUGCAGCUGUAAUUGCUGCAAAAGAUGGCUCUACAAAGUAUUGACUUUGGGGGGGGGUGAAUAGUUAUGCACGCUCAAGUUUUCUGUUUUUCUGUCUUAUUUCUUGUUUGUUUCACACAAAAAAUAUGUUGGUCUUCAAUGUGGUAGGCAUGUUGUGUAAAUCAAAUUAUACAAACCCCACAAAAAUCAAUUUUAAUUCCAGGUUGUAAGGCAACAAAAUAGGAAAAAUGCCAAGGUGGGGUGAAUACUUUCGCAAGCCACUGUACACACACAGUCUGAGCCCUACAGCUUUGUCUGGGUGAGUUCUUGUGUGCGUCUAUGUGGUGUGUUUGCGUGUGCCUGCGCAAUUGCAUGUGGGUGUUGUGGACAAUUAAAUCAGUGUUCCCCUCUCCAUCCAGGCCAGUGUGUAAAGUCCAUCUACACCUUUAAUGCGGUGACUGCUCUCUGCUUCGUGCCUGAAGGUGAUGGCUACAUCAUCACUGGAUCAGGUCUGUGUGGAUGCAGUUUCUGUGGGUCGGUGUGUGUGUGUGUGUGUGUAUUUAUAUGUUUGUGUGUCUGUGACUGUCUAUGAGAGACUCAGUAGACCAGAGGUAGGCAACCCUGUUCCUGGGGUGCCACAGGAUUUUGUUCCAACUAGGCACCACACCUGACCAACUGAGCUAAUUGGUCAGUUCAGUGAUUGCCAAAAUUCAACACACCUGGUCUUCCAGGUUGGUUAAAUCAAAAACAUGAAGUGCCUGCGGCACUCCAGGACCAGGGUUGCCUACCCCUGCAGUAGACAGUAGGUGUAGUCAGACUGAUAGAGGCAGACAAAUGAGGAGACUCAGGCUCACAGGUAUUUAUGCAAGCCAUCAGUAAUGUCUGCCAGCAACUGUCAGGCCUAUUUAACCUCUCGUUCUCUCCCAGUCUCUCUCUCUCUCUCUCUCUCUCUUUCUCUCUCUCCUUCUCCCUUCACCCCCCCUCUCUCUCUCUCUUUCUAUCUACCUCUCCCUCACUCUACAUUUAUCCCCUCCCUCUCUCUCUCCCUCUGUCUGCAGAUGGGGGUAAAGUUCAGGCCUGGAGCUGGCAAACCAUGGACAACUGUCAAUCAAUCAAUGCCCAUGAGGAGGCUGUCACCUCCCUACAGGUGGCUGCCGUAAUCAAGAGCCAAUAGUGUCACAUUCUAGACUUUUAAGCUAUAGUGUUCAAACUGAAGAAAAUGGACUGAAACUAGUCCAAUAACAAACAAUCAUUUUUGUUUUCUGUUGUGCGCCCUAAUGAACAUGAACUUGUGUUUUCAUCAAGGCCUUGCUGAAAUUAAAGCAAAUAUUUCUGCACCGUUGCCAGGUCUGUGUGUGCUUUAGCCAACUUAGUUGUUGUCACGCCAAACAAAUUGGCUGAGGCAGAAACAAAAAUGGCUGCCUGAAGGACCGAAUUUCUUAUAGGCUACACACUUGUAGGCAGUGUGGAAAUAUAUUAUUAUUUAAGAUAAAUGAUUAGGAAGAUAUAUAGAUUCCAAAGAGGUUCAAAAUAGUAUUCAGUGCUCUUUUCGUUUUUUGUUACUUUCAAAUAUAAAUACAUUAUAUUUGCUAGAAGUAUAGAGCAGCGUUUCUUCAACUUUUCCAGCUCGAGGCCCAAAUGAGCAAUUGACCGUCCUUCCGUGACCCAAAUCGUCCUCCAACGACCCAAAUUAAGAAGAAUUAGUGUGUGAUUAUAGACUCUGUCAUGCCCAGGGCCCACUUUGGGUCCCGACCCGUAGAGUAAGAAACCCUGGUAUAGAGGAUCAGAAAUUGACUAUACAUGUUUGGCUAAAAUACUUUGUAAGGUUCCUUGGGGGCGUAAGCUGUUCAAAUACAUAGUUUAAAGGUCCAAUGUAGCUGUUUUGGUCUCAAUAUCAAAUAUUUCUUGGUAACAAUUAAGUACCUUACUGUGAUUGUUUUAAAUGUAAAUGGUCAAAGAGAAAUAAAAAUUGCUUCUUAGCAAAGAGCCAAUUCUGUCAGGGAGUGUUCUGAGUGGGGAGGGGAAAACUAGCUGUUAUUGGAGAGAGAUUUGGAACUGUCUUUCUUAUUGGUCUAUAAACUAAUUUGUCACCAGGCAGGCCGAAACGACAAUCCCAUCAAAACAGGCUGACAUUUUCAGCUGCCUUUUCAAACAGCUCUUACACUAAAAGGGCAUUAUCAUAAUAUUUGCAAUUUCACAGUAUUAUUCCAACAUCAUAGUGUGGAAAUAUAUAUAAAACACAAGAAAAUCACGUUUUUGACAGCACUGGGCCUUUAAGACUUACAUUCAUGUAGCGUUACAUGCGCAACACAUUUAAGCCAAAGCAGUGAAAGCACCAUCCCCACCUUCUUUGUUAAUUAAUAAUGCAAAGCCAUGUGAGACCACGCACACACGCACACAAGCAUGCAUGCACGCACAGACACAUACAUGCACACACACACACACCUUUAUCCAUGCAUUGUAUUCAGCCGCUGCAUUCAGUCUCCAUGACAACUGCCCCCCUCUCUAUCUUCCACAGUCCCAGGGUCCCCUUGUGUUCAGCAGCUCAGCAGAGGGGGGGGUUUCUGUGUGGGAGGGGCUCUGCACCAACCGUGACCCCCUGCGGCUGUUACAUCACUGGGAUGCCAAGGUAACAGGCUGCGGGAGUCAGGGAGGUCGUCUGACCCUCAGUCCUCGUGGCGACAGGCUCUUCGUUGCCUAUGGCAGAGCCAACCUCAGGAUCCUCAACUGGAGGACAGGUGAGAAGCAGUGUGUGUGUGAGUGAAUGCGUGCACGAUAUAGAAGAGCCAGCUUUAAUACGGUGCAUUGCUAGACCUUACCGAUCUGUGUACUAUCUGAUGUUUACCCUUCCUCUCUCCAAUCACCACAGGCACCGUGUGCAGGCUAACCAAUCACAGCAGCAUCGCUGGAGUAACAGAUUGUGUACAUCAGACAGGGGGACUCCUCAUUGGCUCAUGCUACGAUUUGGCGAAUGGGGAAAGUACCCUGAACUGUGAGUAAUGCUAACACAACUAGUUGUUCCUUGAAUAUUAUGGUACUAUUGCCAACCUAUAGAGCCACGCUGUUCAUAGAAUGCAUUGUUACCGCAAUCUAUUUAGGUUUUCAUCAACUUUUUCUCUCUCCUUCUCCCCCUCUCUCUCUCCCCCUCCUAUUCUCCUUCCAUCUCUCCCAGUGUUCUCUCUACCUCAGUGCAGGUACCUGGCCUCGCUGACCUGUGCGGAUGCUCCGAGAAUCCUUUGCUUUGCGGCGUGGCUCACGGGCAGUGGGGGUCACCGCUGGGUCACCGGGGGUCGUGACCUUACGGUGUGGGAGCAGCUCCCCAGCUCCGGGAAGCAGAGGUGGGCUCAACACCUUUCUGUCAGUACUCAUCUAGAUCAAUGAAUACUGAUCUGAUGAUUUAAUGAUUUGUAGUUUAAUAGAACUCCGAAGUUCUUUAUGGGUGCACCUGACAAAAAGUGAACUAUUACUCAUAUGCCCCUAUCCUCAGUUCUUCAUGUGCUCUACACUAAACCAAUGUCAGUUGGAUAAUAUUUGUUUUUAUUUUUUGUAAAAGAGAGGGGUCUAGAAUGACAGGGAAGAGAGAAGAGAGUUUCUUCCGAACUAGCGAUGGAACUGGGACUUGAUCCCAUGCAUGUAGGCUACUGACAUAUGAGGACCACAAUGGAAAUAAGCCUUCAGGCUUUAUUGUGUUUUAAUCCGGCAUAAUGUUUUAUGUACAGUGCAUUCUGAAAAUAUUCAGAGCCAUUGACUUUUUCCACAUUUUGUUACGUUACAGCCUUAUUCUAAAAUUGAUUAAAUUGUUUUUUUUCCCUCAUCAAUCUACACACAAUACCCCAUAAUGACAAAGCAUUUUCUUUGGGGUACAGAAAUAAAACAUUUACAUAAGUAUUCAGACCCUUUGUUGAAGCACCUUUGGCAGCGAUUAAAGCCUCGAUUCUUCUUGGGUAUGACGCUACAAGCUUGGCACACCUGAGCUGGUCGCCCGGCCAAACUGAGCAAUCGGGGGAAAAGGGCCUUGGUCAGGAAGGUGACCAAGAACCCGAUGAUCACUCAAACAGAGCUCCAGAGUUCCUCUGUGGAGAUGGGAGAACCUUCCAGAAGGACAACCAUCUCUGCAGCACUCUACCAAUCAGGCCUUUAUGGUAGAGUGGCCAGACGGAAGCCACUCCUCAGUAAAAGGCACAUGACAGCCCGCUUGGAAUUUGCCAAAAGGCACCUAAAGGACUCUCAGACCAUGAGAAACAAGAUUCUCUGGUCUGAUGAAACCAAGAUUGAACUCUUUGGCCUGAAUGCCAAGUGUCACGUCUGGAGGAAACCUGGCACCAUCCCUACGGUGAAGCAUGGUGGUGGCAGCAUCAUGCUGUGGGGAUGUUUUUCAGCAGCAGGGACUCGGAGACUAGUCAGGAUCGAGGGAAAGAUGAACGGAGCAAAGUACAGAGAUAUCCUUGAUGAAAACCUGCUCCAGAGCGCUCAGAACCUCAGACUGGGGCGAAGGUUCACCUUCCAGCAGGACAACGACCCUAAGCACACAGUCAAGACAAAGCAGGAGUGGCUUCGGGACAAGUCUCUGAAUGUCCUUGAGUGGCCCAGCCAGAACCCAAUCGAACAUCUCUGGAGAGACCUGAAAAUAGCUGUGCAGCGACGCUCUCCAUCCAACCUUACAAAGCUUGAGAGGAUCUGCAGAGAAGAAUGGAACAGACUCCCCAAAUACAGUUGUGCCAAGCUUGUAGCGUCAUACCCAAGAAGACUCAAGGCUGUAAUCGCUGCCAAAGGUGCUUCAACAAAGUACUGAGUAAAGGGUCUGAAUACUUGUGUAAAUGUGAUAUUUCCGGGGGGCUUUGUAAUACAUUUGCUACAAUUUCUAAAAACCUGUUUUUGCUUUGUCAUUAUGAAAUAUUGUGUGUAGAUUGGUGAGGGGGAUUUAAAAAAAAACUUGUAACGUAACAAAAUGUGGAAAAAGUCAAGGGGUCUGAAUACUUUCCGAAUGCACUGUAUAUGCAACAGUAUAACAAGAACAAUAUGGACUGUCGGUGUCUAAUGGUGAUGUUGUCACAGGGGUGAUGUCACAACGAAGCGAGACAGUCGAUUGGACGCCUCCCUGAUGGAAUCAGAGGGAGAUUCCGAGGACGAGGAGGACAGUGAUGGUGAGGAGGGGGGUAACAGCGGGCUGAAACACAAACACCAAUAAUAUACAUAGAUCAGAAAAACUCAAAGCAACAUGUCGCAAAGUGUUUCUACGGCAAGAAGCCAUUUGUUCAAAGUGUCUUCUUUAGCUCCAGCUGUAGACAAAUCUAUAUAAAUCACAUCCAAAAAAGUAGCUGUAAGAAUAUAUCUAAGUAACUUCAAGAUUGAUAGCUUUGAUAAAGACUAUGGGCUCGAUUCAAUCCGUAGCGCUAAAGACCUGCGCUACAGAGCGGUAGAAAUUUUAAAGCAACGUUCCCACGUUCGCGGAGAAUGCAUUCACGGCAAACGCUGCAUAUGUCGGCUCAAUCGGAAAUGACCUACAGCGAAGAUCAUCAGCGCUACGGUUUGAAUCGAGCCCUAAAGCGCAUUUAAAAGCGCAUUUACUGAAAAAGGAUAGUUUUGGUCCAUUGUUGGCUGUUGCUGUUUUCUUUUCUCUAAGGAAGUAAUCACUAUCAACAGGUUCCUACUGUAUUCCUAAUAAUAUCAAUUUAUAUCUAUAUCAAUCACAAGUCCAUUAUUCAUCCACUAUUACAUCCACUAUUAGACACACGUUUAACUAUGACUCCCCACGUUACUGUAGAUUACGAUGAUGACAAAGAAGAGGACUACACAUCCCAAGAUGCAUCAGAGUCUGGCUCGACAUCGUGGCUUCGCUGUGUUCUCCAGUGAGAGCCAGUUUCACGCCACCCGCCGCCACCAAGCCCAAGACGCUGCGCCUCACAGCAUGAAGAGCAACUAAGGCGAGAGGGAGGGAGUGAGGGGGACAGAGGAGAAGGAGA